AUGGACGACGAUAUCCCUCUCCUGGGCUCGUACGACGAUGCCGAGUCUAUUGGCUACUACAUUGAACAUCGGGGUACACACCGACAUGGACUGUUCGGCGACGACGUGAUCUUUUCUGACUUUCACGACACAACAUACCUGGGUAUGGCGAGCUCCCACGGAAAGACUGCUGCCGCUCAAUAUACUGCUCACGCCGAUGGCAAUCUUCCACGAGGCCAAAGGCCAUCCGUCGUCUCUUCUGCGCCCUUGAGUACAGCGCAAGCGAUCAUCGACCGCCCGCAGGUUGGCACUGGUGAUCAUGCCGAUACUUUUACUUACUUCGACCAAGGCCAUGCCGAGCAUCAGUCUCAAGCGGCUCUUAUCGGCAUGAGUGACAGUACGGAAGAGCAUCCAUCUCAGCAUUCAAACGCACAGCACUCGUCACCUAUCGCAGUUGUGGCUCGGUCACGUUUUCAUCAUUGCAGCGUAUGCGCAGAGUACUUUCUGUCCGCAGAAAACUUGGAACGCCACGCCAUAGCGACUUCUCACCGCAUCUACGUCUGCGGUCACGACGGAUGUGCGAAGUCAUAUACCCGCAGAGACGUGUUCGGGCGGCAUAAAGCCACUCACAAGGGCCACACUCCCCACCAAUGUCACGCAUGUCGAGAGCACGGCACUACCAAGACAUUCACUCGCAAGGAUCAUCUCAUACAACAUCAACGCAAGUGCCAUCCGGAUCUCUACAGUGGCCUUGCAACACCAUACACGGCAUCAGUUGUGGCGACACGCGACACUAGUCCUGGCAGCUUCUCAGUUCUGGAUGGUAAGCCUGGGGCAGGAACCAGUUUCGGACAACCGAGCUGGUCUUUCCACCAGAACAGCUCAACCUCAAGCAAGCAAUCUUUACGUACAUCUAUUGGUUCCUACUCGCUUGCGAGUACGAUGGGAUCCGUUCGAAGUGUUGAGCAGGACUGUCCGGUCACAAGACUACACCAUGCCCUCAAGGAUCUUCUCGGCGCCCAAUCUGACCACCUGAACGUCUACCGGCAACUUCUUGGGUUCGACGGCAUGCCCGACCCGCAGCAUACCGCCUUUGGGCUGCAACGAUUGGUCUCUCACAUGUUACCUGGCAACAAGACCAACAUGCAGACAAGGCAUGCCACCCAACGGCAGGGAGAUACACACGAGAUACCCGACGACACAGAACCAGACCCAUUACCUUUUGAAAUCUUCUAG